AUGCCGGGUCACGGGACAACGAACGCCAUAUUUGCACUCCGCCAAGUGUGCGAAAAACAUCACGACGUGCACAGGAAUCUGCAUAUGGUGUUCGUUGAUCUGGAAAAAGCGUAUGACCGAGUACCUAGAGCAGUUUUGUGGUGGGCAUUGAAUGAGAAAGAUAUACCUGGUAAGUAUGUGAGGUUAAUCUGUGCCAUGUACAGUCGAGCCAGGACGUAUGUACGAACCGCCGCGGGGAAUUCCGACGAGUUCAGUGUGGCAGUGAGCUUACACCAAGGAUCUGCACUAAGUCCCUAUCUCUUCCUGCUUGUGAUGGAUGCCUUGACAUCGGAGAUACAGGAAGAGCCCCCUUGGUGUAUGCUGUUUGCCGAUGACAUAGUGCUCGUCGGAGAAAACGGGCUCGAGGUCCAAAACAUACUGGAGAAAUGGCGAUGCAAGCUGGAGAGUGUUGGCCUAAAAAUCAGCAGAUCGAAAACCGAACAUCUAUUCUGUGAUUUUGGCGGUCUCUCCAAUUUUACACCCAUUUCCCUCGACGGAACACCUUUGCCAGUAUGUCAAGACUUCCGAUACCUAGGGUCUGUUAUCCAAAGCGACGGUGAACUGGAUCGUACAGUUUCGGCCAAUGAAGGUACUAUUUCAAUUGUUCUCAAUUUAGUAUCUCUAUGGCAACAUUUUGGAAAUGUGUAUAAGUAUAUAUGUGCAUUGUGCAUGGCGACGGGAGACGGAAGCCGCAUGAACACCAUGCCACACUUAGCUGAAGCAUCUGAGUUAUUAAGACAAUCAUCGCCCGAACAUAAUGAUGGGGACAAAGUUGAAAAGUCUUUGAAACGUGAAACAAAAUAA